AUGACCAACCCAUCCCUACCCCCCACCCCGCUCACCUCCCACACCAAUGACCACCAAGCCCACCUCCACUACCUCCGUGCCUGUCUCUCCCUAGCCCAGCAGUCCCCACCAAAACCCACAAACUUCCGCGUCGGCGCCAUUCUCCUCUCACGAACACCCCUCUCCCCAGAUAGCCCACGAACGUACAACGACACAAUCCUCUCAACCGGCUACACCCUGGAGCUACCAGGAAACACCCACGCCGAACAAUGCGCCCUGGCAAAAUAUGCCGCAAGACACGGCGUGACUGAUGAGCGGAUCGGCGAGGUUUUGCCACCGCCUCCUUCCCCUCCUCUUCCUCCGCAAAGCUCAGGGCCAGGGAUAUACAAAGCCCCAGAAGGCGAGCAGAAGAAUAUCAUUCUUUACGUCACCAUGGAGCCGUGCGGGAAGCGAUUAUCGGGGAACAUGCCCCAGGAGAAUCACCAUGCCGCGUCCGUCGGUCUUGAAGCUUCCCAGGGCUCCGCUGCAGGUGGCGCGAGGAGAAAGUCUGGCAUUGGCAAAGUGUAUUUUGGCGUUAAGGAGCCGGGGACUUUUGUGGGGCAGUCGGUGGGUUGUAAGAUGUUAUAUGAGGCAGGGGUGGAGUGGGAGGUUGUGGAGGGGAUGGAGGAGGAGAUUUUGAAGGUGGCGAUGGCGGGGCAUGAGGAGACGGGAGAAGAAAAGGGGGUGGGAGAUGAGGAGCGUGGGACGAAUGUUGAUGAUAUUUCGGAGGAAGAAAAGAGGAGGCAGGCUGCGUUGCCGCGGAAUCCGAAGAAGAGGAUAAUGGAGGCUGAUAUUUAG